UUAAUACGUGGGGGUUCUGUUUCCCCCGGUCCUUCCAGCAUCACUGGUGCAGCAGCUCAGCAUCAUCUCUGUCUCUCCCUCUCAGGAAGAGACGCAUCACCGCCAGGGCUGCGAGUGGAGGAGAACUACCGAGAUACGACGAAGAAAGUCACUGUUCCUUUACAAGCAGCAGACAUUUAGUAGAGCCUUUCAACAUCAUGACAUCAUCGUCUUUGACCUGACUGAACCUCCUCAGAGCCACAGGGAUAAACUACUGGACUGUUUUCACAUGCAAGACCCAUGAAGUGACAAAUAGGCCAGGAUGUCAUCGUUCCAGGUGGUGGACUCAUCGCCUGGCUGCAGCGUCAGCAUCAUGGAAACAUCCAACUUCGCUCAUGUCAUCUUCCAGAAUGUGGGGAAGAGUUUCCUACCCCAGACGCCCUUGGAGUGCCACUACACUCUGACCCCUUACAUUACUCCCCACCCCAAGGACUGGGUGGGCAUUUUCAAGGUGGGUUGGAGCUCAGCCAGGGAUUAUUACACCUUCCUCUGGUCGCCCAUGCCUGAAAACUACGAGGCAGGAAGUACUGUUCACAGGACUGUAGUGUUUCAAGGUUACUAUGUUCCUAAAUCUGACGGGGAGUUUUACCAGUUCUGUUAUGUCACUCACGCCGGUGAUAUCAGAGGGGCCAGCACUCCCUUCCAGUUCAGGCCAGCCACGCCCACUGAGGAGCUGCUGACCGUUACCGAGGAAGACAGCAACUCAGACAUACUGGUUGUCACCACUAAGACAGGCCUGCUGGAGGUAGACCACACACGACCGCGUGUGGAGGAGGCUCAGCAGGAGCGCAGGGAGCUGCUGAAGGCCAUGCGCCUUCUGCAGGAGGAGAAGAAACAGUUGCAGGAGGAGCAGAAACAACUGGUUAAGGAGCGGGAGCAGGAGAGGGAGACGUGUUGUCUUUUACGGACACACAACCAGGAGCUGCUGCGCUCGUCGCAGGGACUCUCAGAUGAGCGCGAGGAGGUUCGGAGGAGGCUGACGGAGGCCAAAGAUAGAGUCCGACAGCUAGAGGAGGACCUGCUGGGAGUCAACCAGAGGGGUCUUCAGAAGGAGACAGAGUUGGACUGCCUGCGUGACCGGUUGAAGAAGCUGACAGCAGAGCGAGACGGUCUGGAGAGCCAGCUGAAAAACGAGAAGGAUGAGAGAGAUCUUUAUAAGGCUCACCUACGCAGCACGGAGCUGGAGAACACCAAGCUGAGCGCAGAGCUUCAGAUGCUAAAGGCGGUAGAGCUGAACAGGGAGGUGACCAUCGCUCAGUUCCAGGAGGAGCUGGAGAGGCUCAGGGUCUGCGUGGCUCAGAGAGACAGUCUGGAGAGAGAGCUGCAGGCGCACAAACAUGACAAGGCAGAGCUGGCCCGCUUACGUGAACAGCUCCGCCAAGCUGAGGAGCAGCUCCAGGCGUCCAGGCAGCAAGCCGCCCUGCUCGCCUCUGAGUUGCGGGACUCGACUAGUGCCCGCGACCACACCAUGGCCGAACUGUACCGGGCCCGCAUAGAAGCGGACAAGCUGCGCACCAGUCUGGUUGACGCUCAGGCCGAGUGUCAGCGCAUGGAGAGCCAGCUGGACCGGAUGAGGAGCACUGCCCACAGGGAGGUGGGUGUUGGGACAAACAGCGACGGCAUCAUGGUGGUGUCAGAGGCUGAGGCCGAGCUGCAGCGGGAGGUGGAGGAGUUGAAGCUUCGCCUCCAUAUGGCUGCAGAGCACUACAAGGAGAAGUACAGGGAGUGUCAGCGCCUCCGCAGACAGGUGGCCAAGCUCAGCACUGCAGAGUCACAGGGAGCCAUUAUGGAAUCAAAGAAAAGCGUGUCCACUGAGACGACUCAGGAGCCGCUCAUCUCUAGUCCAGAGUCUCCGACUGAAGGAAGUUCCACUUCUACCGUUCUACAAGAAGCUGCAGACAUGACAAUCCCCCCAGAAGUUAGAAACCAGCAAUCCACACACACCGAAGCUAACAGCGAAAUAGAGGCGGAGGAAACCCCGAUGGAGCCGCCUCUGAAAGAGGCUAUGGUGGAGUCAGGGAGGGAGGAAACGCAGGAGGAGGAGGGGAGAAAUGGUAGCAAGAAGAAGGAGAACCUGCCUGAGGAGAGCCUGAAGAUGGCGAGCUGGGUGGAGGUGAGCAACGAGGAGAACAGCGAGGUGGAGGAGGAAGCGAGGGAAAACGUCGAGGUGGAGACGGCGGAGAAGGAGCAGACACGCUCGGUGGAGGCGGAGCUGGCCGUGAUGGAGGAGAAGUGGAGGGAGCAGUGCGUCAUCAACGAUACCCUCAAACAGCGGCUGGCUGACGAGGAGGGGCGAUUCAGAGUGCAGAUGGCAGAGCGAGCCAUGGAGGUGUCCGAGCUGAAACAAAACCUCGCCCAGGCUCUUAAAGACAAAGAGCAGCUGCAGGAGGAGCUCCUGCGUUAUAAAUCCAGGCAGAGGGAGCUGGAGGCGUGCGGGUCGGAGGCCAAGCAGACCAUGGUGCUCCGCUACCCCCUGCCCUACCCCCAGGACCCCUCCCCACCGCCACUGGUCCCACAGAGGCCUGCGGAGCUGCAGUACGGCAAUCCUUACUCCUCCGAGACACCAAAAGCAGACCGGGUGGAUGUCGCCUUGUCUCCAGAGCACCUUUCACGUCCUCCACCCGAAGCACCGCUCUGCGCCGCUCCCUGCGCACCCCCAGUGUCUCCCCCCAGCCCGAGUCCUGGAGCUCCAGGUUGGGAUCAGGAGGUGGUUUGCAUCCAGCCUUCCCGCUGCACCACUCCUCCAGAGAACAUGGAGGUUCCAGCAGAGGAGGCGCCAAAAAUGUGUGACCGAGCUCAACAGCCAUGCGACCAUCAGACCAGCAGACGCAGUGAAGUGAGGAGCAGCUUCUGCUUUGAUUCCAGCUCGGACGUCCACAAGCGCUGCCCGCUGUGCGAGGUGAUCUUCCCGCCCCACUUUGAGCAGCGCAGCUUCGAGCAGCACGUGGAGAGCCACUGGAAGGUUUGCCCCGUCUGCUCCGAGCAGUUCCCCCUCAACUGCCAGCAGCAGCUCUUCGAGAGGCACGUCCUCACGCACUUCGAUGGCAACGUGCUCAACUUUGAGCAGAGCGAAUGAGCGGAAAAGUCCAGAGCUUGAAUUGUGCUGCGUCGGGAUGAAGACGUUAUUAAGUCCCAAUAUUUAGCACUUUUGUUUUUGUUUGUUUUGCAAAGAAUGUAGAGCAGAUAAAGCAGAAGGUUUGGAUUGUACAGAAACAUUUGAAUGAACAGUGAGUGAGUCACAGCUUUUGAAGUUUCUUUUUUUUUUUAGGCUUAUUUUUGAGGCACCUUUUUAAAGUGCAUGUUUCUGUUUAUAUCUUUUCCAUUUUUACCCUGAAACAAGCUUCACACAUUUUACCACCUUGAUAUAGAUGUCGGAAAAAAUCUAAAAAUCAUGGCAAAGGUUUCAAAUUAAAUCGAAUCUGAAGGUUAGAUUUUUCAUUUCUAUAUUCUUCCAGUUUUUUUAUUAUCCUGUUGAUUUUUUCUUGCAGAAGUGUUUUCUUAUACUUUAAUUUCUCACACAUUUAAACACAUAGAUUUAAUCAUGACUGGAGGUUUCCAAUUUUUUUCUGUUUUCUAUUUUGUUUGCAAAGAUGUCAGAGUUGGAAGAAAAACGGCACAUUUUUCUAUGGAUCUGCACUAAAAAUGGGCUUUAUUUCGAAUGUACUGUACAUAAAGAACGAUACUGAGGAGGUUCUGUCCUAAAGCUGUCUCCUUUCAUCUUCCACAAAAUGACGGAUCGGGGGACGUUUCACUUCCUGUUUCUGUGCACUUUCUUGCAGGUCAAUCAUAAGAGACGAGGCUACGGGGGACGGAUGUUGAAGGACAAAGAAAAAAAACUUGAAUCGUUUAUUUUUCUUAAAGCGUAUAAGUGGGAAGAGGUGGCUGCUUUGUAUGCAGGUCUACAGGCCCCCAUGAUGGUCAUUUAAAUGUUCGUCCUCAGCUUCUUGUCUGAUUUCUUGUCACGGCUGUGUUUCUUAAAAAUGUUGCAUCCAGGCUUCACAAACUAUAACGGCUUGGAAAAAAUAAAAAAACAGUAAUUCACUUACCUUGAACUUCUCCACAAACACGUUUUUUGGGGAUUUUUAUGCAAUGAUCUAAAAAAGGAUUUAAUUUUAAAAGUGAAAGAAAAAAAGUUUUUAACAAUUUUAAAGACAACAAACGCAGUAAUUAAAAUAGAAAAUUCUGGGAAUUGGAUGAAUUUAGGUGUGAAAUUGUGCCGAUAACACUUUCUGCAUUUUUAUGGUCUCAUGUUAGUCUUGGUUGGGAUGUUAAAGCUCUAAUUUACGCCAAUGACUUCAGAAGAUAUGCUCAACUUUGUUUUGGUCUAUCACAAAAAGUCCCUAAAACAAAAUUUACAUUCUGCGGUGUCAUGUGAAGAGGUUCAAGGGAAGAGAACCCUUUAGCAAGGCACUGUGCAGCCGUAUCUUUGUGCUAAUCUCAUGUGAGAAUGUCUGGAAGUUCCGGUUCCCUGAAAAGAUCUUAAAGAAUGAAUAAAUAAAGCUUGUCUAAGUGAACAUUA